AGCAGAGUUGAGAGGAUCUGCUUGACUCUGGUGUGGUGCUCCGUACGACUCUCUGUUUUUGGCUUUCUGGAUUUCAAAUCUCCAUCUUCUUUUCUCUCUCUCUCUCUCUCUCUACUGAAGAAGAAGACCAAUCGACCGAGCAUCCAAUUCUCCUUUCUAGAUAACAAGACAACAAACACUAAUAUGUCUUGAAAACAACCUUUGCUGAGAAAAAAAAACAUGCAAGCUCUGAGUAUCUGGCCUUCAACCGAUACUUUCUGGGUUGUAUCCCAAGUGAGCUUAUAUCAAAAUCCAAUUUUGAGAAGAUCUAGAUGGGCUUUUGAUGGUUCGUUUUGUCAUUUUGGGAAGUGUGGUCUUAUGUUGGCAUCAUCAACUAGUGCCAUGAAUAUUAAGUGGCAGACUUAUUUCCAUAAACAUGACUAUCCAUUCUCUAGAUGCACAAACUUUAGAUUGCAUCCUAGAGCAUCUGUUGCUUUGGAGUUGACACCAGAACAACAUUCUAUGACAGGUGAAUUUGUUCAUGAUAGUUCAAAUUCAACUGAUCAAUUAGAUAAGAAGAGUAGCAAACAAGAAGAAAGUGGCGGUGUUAAGACCAAUGGGAAAGUUGACGUACGUUUGCUUGCUAGAAGCUUAGAGUCUGCUAAAACAGUAGAAGAUGUAGAAGCCAUCCUAAAGGAUAAAGGAGACCUCCCUCUCCAAGUAUAUUCUUCUAUGAUCAGAGGUUUUGGCAAGGAAAAGAUGCUAGAUCCUGCAUUGGCUAUUGUUCGCUGGCUAAAUAAAAGGUCGAGGGAAUCCUCCGAGGGUUUAUUAUUUAGGCCUAAUCUCUUUAUAUACAAUAGCCUUUUGGGAGCAGUGAAACAGUCUGAAAAAUUUGAACAAGUGGAGAAAGUCAUGAAAGAUAUGUCCAAGGAAGGUAUACAACCUAAUGUGGUAACCUACAACACUUUGAUGGGAAUCUAUUUAGAGCAGGGGAGAGAAUUUGAAGCUCUUAAUCUUUUUCAAGAGAUAGAAACAGACGGUUUGUCUCCGUCUCCUGCAUCUUAUUCCACAGCUUUGUUAGCUUACAGAAGGCUAGAAGAUGGGUUCGGGGCUCUGGAUCUUUAUAUGGACAUUAAGGCUAAAUACCUUAAUGGCAGUUUAGCAAAAGAUGAAAACUGGGAAGUUGAGUUCUCAAAGCUUGAGAAUUUCACAGUAAGAAUUUGCUACCAAGUAAUUCGGCAGUGGCUUGUGAAGAACGAGAACUUGAGCAGAAAUGUGAUGAAACUUCUAGUGGAAAUGGACCAGGCCGGGCUUCAGACAAGCCAGAGAGAAUAUGAGCGUCUCGUUUGGGCAUGCACUCGUGAAGAGCAUUAUAUUGUGGUAAAAGAACUUUAUAGAAGGAUAAGGUGUGGGGAAUCUGAAAUAAGCUUGUCUGUUUGCAACCAUGUGAUCUGGUUGAUGGGUAAGGCAAAAAAAUGGUGGGCUGCUCUAGAAGUUUACGAGGAUUUAUUGGACAAAGGUCCGAAACCGAAUAAUAUGUCAUACGAGCUUGUAGUUUCUCAUUUCAAUAUACUAUUGUCUGCAGCUAGGAGAAGAGGGAUUUGGAGAUGGGGAAUUAGUUUACUGAACAAGAUGGUGGAUAAAGGAUUGAAACCUGGAAGUAGGGAGUGGAAUGCAGUUCUCAUUGCAUGUUCGAAGGCUUCAGAAACGUCGGCUGCAGUGCAGAUAUUCAAUAGAAUGGUGGAAAAUGGUGAUAAACCGACGAUAAUCUCGUAUGGUGCAUUGCUGAGCGCACUUGAGAAGGGGAAACUUUAUGAUGAAGCGUAUGAAGUGUGGCAGCACAUGAUUAAAGUGGGAAUGGAGCCAAAUCUGUAUGCUUAUACAAUUAUGGCUUCAAUAUAUACUGCUCAGGGAAAAUUCAACAUUGUGGAAUCUAUAAUAAGGGAGAUGAUUUCAUCUGGAAUUGAACCAACUGUUGUCACGUUUAAUGCCAUUAUAAGUGGAUGUGCACAUAAUAAUAUGGGCGCUUCUGCUUAUGAAUGGUUUCAGAGAAUGAAGGCUCAAAACAUCUCCCCGAAUGAGGUUACAUAUGAAAUGCUCAUUCUAGCUCUGGCAAUAGAUGGAAAACCACGGCUUGCGUAUGAAGAGUACUUGAGGGCUCAAAACGAGGGUCUAGUUCUCUCUUCAAAGGCUUAUGAUGCAAUCAUUCAAUCAUCUAUAGAAUAUGGUGCUUCCAUUGAUUUAACAAUUCUUGGACCUAGGCCGGUGGAAAUAAGUAAAUCGCACUCUUCAAAAGCUUCACAUGGGGGUAAUUUACACUUGCAAACUGAUGGAAACCUGUAAGUAACUGUUAUUGUGUAGCCUUGUUCAUCUGUAAUAUAUAUUGCCAUUUCUGAAGAUGAAUCAUAGCUCCCUUCUUGAAUUGUCUGUUUCUAAUACAAUAUGUAUAGAUCUCAUCUUUUACUGGCUUGGACACCUCAGUUCUGAAAAAUAACAUGUAUAAAAACCAUCUCAUCUUCCUUUGGGGGUAAAAAAUAAAUUACCACUAUGGCCUUUACCAAACUAUUUACAUUAUGUGAUACAGAUUAUGAAAGCAUAAGCUUUUCUUUGAUUAAGAAGAAAAAUACAAUAUAGCCUACUCUCCAGGUUUGAGUGGUAAAUUAAUAGAACACAAGUAAGCAGAACUUCACCCAAAUUGCCCUUGAAAUACACAUGAAAAGAGAAUAGAGUUAAAAUGUAUUCCAGUGGACAAGUCUAACUUGUAAAUUAGAAUUCAAGUUUGAAUAUCUGGUGUAGGAUAUUUAGUGAGUGUCUAUGAUACAUUGUUAUUGGAUCAUCUGUGUCCAAUCCAUUCAUUUUAAUUAUUAUGAAAUCUGGGAACUCCUCAAUCGCAAUUGCGUCUCUGGCCAGAGUCAUUAUUCUGCACAAACUACUCAGUGUUAAUGUAUGCUUAAUGCAUUGUAUAUUCUUUCCCUUUUUUUUCACCCUGUUAUUGUGUUAACUUUUGGUCAGUGAUUUGUUGCCUUUCAACUUCUUUAAAAGCAAAUGUAAGCCUUAUGUUUUUAGUGCAGCUUAUGGGCUUUGUGCACAAUUUAAAAUUUUGUUUUUUGCUAAAUUGUGCUCCAAUAUUUAAUUGUUGCAAUAAUGUAUCUUAGAAAAUUGGUUGUUUUCCUAUGUGGUCCAUGUUUCUAUCACGACAGGGAUCUACACUUUCGCUAUUAUUGCAGGAUGGACCAUGGAAUACCAUAAAAAAUAAGUUGUGCUGUUGUUACAGAUUUAAAGAUGAUUCUCCCAGCAUCAGUUGUCCAUCAGGUAACAUCCGUUUGUUCCUAUUUGAAACAGGCUUUAUUAUGUACAUUAGAACUACUAUUUCUUUUAUCAUUAUGCAAUGGAAUAACAUAAACCACC